CAAAAGCACAAAUGCAAAGUUUUUAAUGUUCUAAACGCUUCUAAUCCAAUUAAAAAUUGGUUUGAUAUUGCAAAAGAUUCGUGAUGGACCCAAUGGAGGAAUCUCCAUUAUCGUUGUGUAUGGUUCGUGCUUCUGAAGUUUUCCCCAAAUUGUCACUGGAAAAAGAAGAUGAUCAAUUAAAUGUCCCAUUUGCUGAAUUGGCUGGGGAGAGUAUAAAGUAUUUGGGUCGUUGGGAAAAUGGAAUUCUUGCUAUUUCCAACUACAGAUUAUUUAUUCAACACACGACAAAACUAUCAGAAGUGUCGAUUCCUAUAAGAUUAAUUGAAAACAUCAAGGACGUUUUCCAACUCAUUGUAAGUUGCAAAGAUGCUGUCACAUACAUGUGUUCGUUUGGCACACCAGAAAGUUGUUUAGAAUGGCACAAUCGGAUAUUAUUAGUGACUGGCGUUCCAGAAAAACUCGAUCAUCUCUUUGCCUUUGCAUUUCAUGCUUGGGUGUCGGAAGCCUCUGGAACUUUAGACCCAGAAUGGCACACUCGUCUUCAACAUUCAAUUGACUACGAAGAAGACUUUCGACGAGAACUCGAACGACUUCAAUUUGACUUAAAAGGUGCAUGGCGAAUAUCAAACAUCAAUUCGGACUUUAAACUUUGUCAAUCUUAUCCAAAGAUGCUUAUUGUGCCCGCUUGUAUCUCCGAUGAGAUGCUUCAAAAUGUGUCAAGCUUUCGGAGCUCAAGAAGAAUUCCCGCUGUCACAUGGCGUCAUUCGUCUGGUGCUGUUAUUGCUCGUUCAUCACAACCAGAAGUUGGUUGGCUUGGAUGGCGCAAUCCUAAAGACGAAAUGCUGCUCAAAGCUUUAGCCGAUGCAUGUUCGUUCGACAAUGGAAAAGUGACGGAACCAAAUGAAUAUGAAUUUGAGUCGUCUAGUCUUGAGACAUCAGAAACAGAAAAUGUCAACAUUGAUAAAGCGAAGAAGAUUCUUAUUGUCGAUGCCAGAUCUUAUGCAUCAGCUGUGACAAAUCGUGCACGAGGUGGUGGAGUUGAAUGUCCUGAAUAUUAUCCAUCAGCAGAAAUUCAAUUCAUGAAUUUGGGAAAUAUUCAUGCGAUAAGAAAAUCUUUUCAUUCUUUGAGAAUUCUUUGUGGAUCACCAUCCGACAUCCCCAACUGGUACAGUUUAUUGGAACGAACAAUGUGGCUUCAACAUAUGUCGGGGUUACUUGCUGCAACUGUCAUUGUAUGUCAUGCAAUUGAACGCAACAAUCGACCAGUUUUGAUUCAUUGCAGUGAUGGUUGGGAUCGAACACCACAAAUUGCAGCAACAGCUCAACUUUGUCUCGAUCCAUUUUAUCGUACGAUUGAUGGCUUUCGAAUACUAGUCGAGAAGGAAUGGCUGAGUUUUGGACAUAAAUUUGGUGAUCGCUGUGGACAUGGAGUUGGAUCGGAAGAAACAAAUGAAAGAUGUCCCGUUUUUCUUCAGUGGAUUGAUUGCGUUCAUCAAAUUCAUCGACAGUUUCCUUGUAGUUUCGAGUUCUCAAUAAGUUACCUUAUAAAACUCGCUCAACAUGUUCAUUCGUGUCUAUUUGGAACGUUUUUGUGCAAUACAAUGAAAGAGAGACUGGAAAAUCAUAUUCCAGAGCGAACGUUCUCUGUGUGGCCGUUUAUAUCGACUUCAAUCUACAAGAAUCCGCUCUAUCAACCGAAUAAUCGUGAUAAAGUGCUGUGGCCAGCUUAUAAUGUUCGUGAUCUGUCGUUUUGGAAUGAUGUUUAUCUCGGAAGUUUUAAUCAUCAUCAAAAAAGUGACGAGAAAUUAUCAGUUGAUCAAGUUGAAAUUCCAAAUGAUAAAUCAAUGACAAAGACACGAAGUUUCGAUGAUAUAAUGCAGGAAAUGAGAAGUAAAGAUGCUGCACGUAGACUUAGCGAUCCAUCGAUUAAUGUUGGCGAUGGACCAAUGCCGAUGCCACUGAAUAUUUUUCCAGAAGAUGUUGAAGAGGAAUUGAGUGAUAAUUUACAUAACUUAAUAAUGAAUGGAACUGAUGAUGUUGAAAGGGUAACAAGUAAAGAAUCGAGUCCGGAAAUUGCCGAUGAUGAUAUAAAAAACAUUCACGAAAUUACCUCAAAGCUUAUCGAUGAGAGUUCCGAUACUCUUGUGCCUGACGAUGAGAUUCAUAGCGAUGAACAAAAGCAUUUCACAUUAAAUGAAGCGAUUUUAAAUCAAGACAACAAAGAAGAACAUCAGUUGCAUGAUGAGACUGAUGCUUUAAGUAAACCACUCACUAAUGGACAUUCACAUUCCUUGACAAAUGGACAAGGAAAACAUCAUCAGCAUGUUCCUCUUACAAAAUGUCAUUUGCAGCGACUUGAUUCCAAGAAAAAUGAUUCUUAUCAAGAUGAAAACUACAGGAAUGGAUAUGAGAAUGGAAUUUCAAAUGGAAAUUAUAAAAAAGAUGCAAAAGAAAGCAUCUCUUCAACGACUGAUUCAAGAAUGUCAACUCCUGGUAUUCAAACAACAUCUCACACGUUACCAACUUAUUUGUUCAAUGGUACGUCAUCCACAUCUUCACUUCCUGAUGGCUUAAAUCAUACUUUAAAUCAAGAAAAUAUUCGUUUACAACAAAUUGUAUACGAACACAAGUUGAAGGAAGAAGCACUUCAACGUGAACUUCAUUUUAUGAGAUUAGCACUUUUGAAGAAUAACUCAUGUCAAUGUAACAAUGGAACUUUCAAAGACAAAGCAGCCGCAAGUAACCACUCGGAUGACAUGCAUCCGGUCGUGGAUUGUAUAUCAGAGAAUUCAAAUUGCUCUUGGGAAGCUAUAGACGAGAAGAAUCCUGCAUUUCCAACUUUAUGGGUGCCUGACCAUGCGAUUACACGCUGUCAAAGUUGUCAAAUAGAAUUCUGGCUUGGUCGACGACGACAUCAUUGCCGUUGUUGUGGUCAAAUAUUUUGUGGUGAUUGCAGUCAGUACUUUGCUCCAAUUCCCAAAGAAAGUUUUAUGGAACCGGUGAGGCUGUGUGGAUCUUGUUAUCAAAAUGUCAGCUAAAUGAAUCAAGUUUAUGUAUUAUGUGUUAUGCAGGAAAAUGCGCAAAAUUUUAUGUAAUUUCACGUCUUGAUUUAUGUAAUUCAAGAGAGAAGAAAAAAAAAAUCAAUGUAAAUUGUCUUCUAAAGCAACUUAUUAUUUUAAUUUCAAAUAUUUUCCUGAUAUUUAUUAAUCAAUCCUUAUUAUGUAUAUUUUUAUUUCCUUUUCACAUCCGAACUAUCUGAAAAUUGUGAAUGAAUAUGACAUAAAGUAUGUCAAUAACUUAACUUAUUUCUGUCUCUAUAUUCAACAAGAACUUUAAUUAUUUUUUAGACUUUUUUUUGUUAGCUUGUUAAAUGAUUUAAAAUAAAGUUUAUUAACCGAUUUAAUGAAUACUU